AUGUCUAAAACCCUUCUCUCUCGCAUCAAACCCCUUACAAAUCCUCCUCCUCCAUCAUCUAAUUCCCUCCGAUCUCAUUUUCCGAUUACUCCCCAAAUCGGAAAACAAGUUAGCGACAUCGUUACCAUCCUCAAAACCAAACAAAACUGGUCUAAUUAUCUCGACGAUGGUGAAGUCCCCCUCGUCGACAUUUCUCCUCUCGUUUUCGAUCGAAUCCAGGAUGUGGAAAUUAGCGUCAAGCUGUUUGAUUGGCUAUCGAGUCAGAGAAAAGAUGAGCUCUUUUCAAAUGGGUUUGCUUGUUCUUCGUUUCUUAAGCUCUUAGCUAGGCACAGGGUCUUCGACGAGAUCGGAGAUUUGUUGGGGAAUCUCAGAAACGAAAAUGUCAAGGUUACUCACGAAGCGUUGAGCCACGUUCUUCACGCGUAUGCUGAGUCAGGGAAUUUGAAUAAAGCUGUUGAGAUUUAUAGAUAUGUGGUUGAAUCGUACGGUUCUGUGCCUGAUGUUAUCGCUUGCAACUCGUUGUUGAGUUUGUUUGUGAAGAGUAGGAGGCUUAGAGAUGCACGGAAGGUGUAUGAAGAAAUGUGUGAGAGAGGUGGUUGUGCUGAUAACUACAGUACUUGUAUACUGCUUAAGGGUCUGUGUAGUGAAGGGAAGGUAGAAGAAGGUAAAAAGCUGAUCGAAGAUCGAUGGGGGAAAGGUUGUGUUCCGAAUAUUGUGUUUUACAAUACAAUCAUUGGUGGAUACUGUAAGGUAGGUGACAUUGAGAAUGCAAAUUUGGUUUUCAAGGAGUUGAAAUCGAAGGGGUUUAUGCCUAGUUUGGAGACUUUUGGUACUAUGAUAAAUGGAUUCUGCAAGAAAGGGGAUUUUGUGGCGAGUGAGCGGCUUUUGAAUGAAGUGAAAGAAAGGGGGUUAAGAGUCAGUGUUUGGUUCCUUAACAGCAUCAUGGAUGCUAAGUUUAGGCGUGGUUCUAAGGUGGAGGUAGCUGAGAGUAUACGAUGGAUAGUAGCGAAUGAUUGCAAGCCUGAUAUAGCAACGUAUAACAUUUGGAUCAACUGUUUGUGUAAAGAAGGGAGAAUGGAAGAUGCGGUUUUGCUUUUGGAUGAAGCGACGAAGAAAGGGUUGAUUCUCAACAAUAUAAGCUAUGCUCCUCUUUUAAAAGCCUAUUGCAAGAUUAAAGAGUAUGAUAUUGCUUCUAAGUUGCUUCUACAGAUGGUUGAAAGAGGAUGCAAACCAGAUAUAGUUACGUAUGGAAUUCUUAUCCAUGGUCUUGUUGUUUCCGGCCAAAUGGAUGAUGCAAUUAAUAUAAAAGUGAAAUUGGUCGAUAGAGGAGUUUCACCGGAUGCUGCCAUCUACAACAUGUUGAUGAGUGGAUUGUGCAAGAGCGGUAGGUUUUUAACUGCAAAACUCUUGUUCUCGGAGAUGCUGGACAGGGAUAUUUUACCGGAUGCUUAUGUGUAUGCCACACUCAUAGAUGGAUUCAUCAGAAAUGAUGAUUUUGAUGAGGCAAGGAAGGUUUUCACUCUCUCAAUCGAAAAGGGUGUGAGGGUUGAUGUUGUGCACCACAAUGCUAUGAUUAAGGGGUUUUGCAGAUCUGGAAUGUUGACUGAGGCAUUGACAUUCAUGAAUAAGAUGGCUGAAGAAGAUCUUGUACCAGAUGAGUUCACUUAUUCCACAAUCAUCGACGGAUAUGUAAAGCAACAGGAUAUGACUACUGCCGUAAAGAUUUUCCGGGACAUGGGUAAGAAGAGUAAGUGUAAGCCAAACAUGGUAACUUACACAUCCCUUGUUAAUGGAUUUUGUAGCCAAGGGGAUUUCGAAAUGGCUGAAGAGACUUUCAAGGAGAUGCAAUCGUGUGGCCUUGUGCCUAAUGUUGUCACCUACACAACAUUUAUAAAAAGCUUUGCUAAAGAGAGUAGUACCCUUGGGAAAGCGGUUUAUUAUUGGGAGCUGAUGCUGAGAAACAACUGUGUGCCUAAUGAAGUUACUUUCAAUUGUCUACUUGAGGGAUUUCUGAAGAAAGCAUCUGGAAAUGUUCUUGCUGAACCAAAUGGGUUUAACGAGGGUCAAAAUUCUCUGUUCUUUGAGUUCUUCGAUAGAUUGAAAUCAGAUGGGUGGUCGGAUUAUGCUGCUGCUUAUGAUUCUGUUCUUGUUUGUCUCUGUGUGCAUGGAAUGGUGAAGACUGCUUGCAGGUAUCAGGAUGGGAUGGUAAAGAAAGGCUUCUCUCCUGAUCCUGUUGCGUUUGCUGCUAUUUUACAUGGUUUUUGUGUGGUUGGGAACUCAGAGCAAUGGAGGAACAUGGACUUCUGUAAUCUGGAUGAAAAGGGUCUUGAGGUAGCUGUUAGGUAUUCGCGUGUGUUAGAGCAACAUCUGCCUCAAUCAGUUACAUCGGAAGCUUCGACGAUUUUGCAAGCAAUGGUUGAAAAAGCAGACACCAGAGAACCUUAUAGUUGUGGAAUCUCAGUAAGAUGA